UUUAUUUCUAGUUUCUUAACCUACAAUCACUUGACAACUGGAACCAUGUCCCUCUGGUCUUACUGACCUUUAGCAUGACUUUUUAGCCUGGCAUUCUCAGGAGACUGCAGAGAGAGAGAACCAGUUCCUUUUUGCAAUCAUCCCUCCUCUCAGGUGGAUUGUUAAACAUUGACAUGCGUUUUAAUGUGCUCUCCAUCUUGGCAGUCUGGAGUUGGGUUGAAGCAUGUUUCGUGACCCAUUUGCCAUUUUCUCAGGAAGCCUGCAGAACUGGUUUCCCUGAACUCAGAGACCAUCUCAUUUGGUCAUUUCCUGCCCCCAGGCAUGUUUUAGAUCUUGUAACAAUGAGCAGUGCCUAUAGGAACUGCCCCUCACUGUCUGGUGUUUGCUGUCUCCUGAUUUCCCGUGCAGGUGAUGCUCAGGUGCUGCUGCCUCUCAUCAAGUUGAAGAUAAGGUCAGAAGGAGAAAAGGACUGUGAGUAGGAAUGCCACUGUAGGAACAAGUGACCUGUCUGGGAAGGAAUGCAGCAUCUGUCUGAGAGCGUCUUUUCUGCAUCUUCCCUUGGACCACUACUUCCUUAUGGGAAAAAGGUGCUUUGGAUUUUGCUAUCAGCCACCCAAAACUUUUGCUGAGCCAAAACAAGACUCUUGCUGCAGAACUGAACAGAUAUUAUUUCAUUUUGUUUUUGCACCUUUUAAUCAUCUUGUCUGCCAUAUUAGUUGCUAAACUUUGAGAAUUUUAAGCCAGAUUUGUUACUCUUACUUUUGUGUACACUUUUCAAAAUGAUUGACUUAAGCUUCCUGACGGAGGAAGAACAAGAGGCUAUCAUGAAGGUUCUGCAGCGGGACGCUGCCCUGAAGAGGGCUGAAGAGGAGAGAGUCAGACAUUUGCCUGAAAAAGUUAAGGAUGAUCAGCAGCUGAAGAAUAUGAGUGGCCAGUGGUUUUAUGAAGCCAAGGCAAAGAGGCACAGAGACAAAAUCCAUGGUGCAGAUAUCGUCAGAGCAUCCAUGAGAAAGAAGAGACUCCAGGUAGCAGCUGAGCAGAGUAAGGACAAAGCAAAAGGGGCAAAGGAAAGCUGGGUGAAUAAUGUCAACAAAGAUGCUUUCCUUCCCCCAGAGCUAGCUGGUGUUAAAGAAGAGCCAGAAGAAGAUGCAGCACCAACAAGUCCAAGUUCCGGUGUGGUAGAUCCAGCUUCCACUGUGAUUAAUAUGUCCCAGGAACACACAAGGAAGUCAGCUGUGUCUCCAGCUAAGCAAAGGAAGAAUCCAUUUAAUAGCUCCAAGUUGCCAGAAGAUCACUUAUCUCAACAAACCAAAAAUGAACAGUCAAAAAAUGGAAGGACUGGUUUAUUUCAGACUUCAAAAGAGGGUGAAUUGUCAGCAUCAGAAGAUAAGUCAUCUGUCCCGGAUAUUUCAAGCCAAAUAUUAGAGAAACCAAAGCCCACUUUUCCAGACCUUCUGAAUGGUUCCCAAACCAAGGCUCCAGUCCCCAAAGCAAGGAAAAUGAUCUAUAAAUCAAAUGAUUUAAAGCAAGAUGAUAACCAGUCUUUUCCUAGACAAAGGACAGACUCCUGGAACACAAAAGGGGCUCGGAGAGGGAUCCUGAAGCGCAGCUCCAGUUCCAGUAGCACAGACUCAGAAACUCUGCGUUUUAUUCAGAACCUUGAACCCAAAAGCAAAAUUGUGUCAUCAGGUCUAACCAUCCAUGAGAGAAUCUCUGAGAAGGAGUAUUCUUUAGGAGAUGACUCCUCUGCAGACACACUGGAACCAUUAAAGCAUGUGAGGUUCUCUGCAGUGAAGGAUGAACUUCCACAGAGUUCUGGGCUAAUCCACCACCGAGAAGUGGGAGAAUUUAAUGUUUUAGAAUCUGACAAGUUGAAGAAUGCAGCGGAAGAUGCAGGGAACACAGAUGGGCUUCAGAAUGAGCUUGAGCCUUCCCGAUACAGAAAGCCUUUACCAUUUUACCAGCCAGCCUCAAGCCCUAGUGCAUCAAAGAAUCAAACACAGCAGCCAACAACUUCUGGUUGUUUUGCAGUCAAUGGGCACUAUUCUCACUCAGAAGUUUUAACUGAAAGACCACAGUCCUUUGAGAAUUCACCCACCAUCAAUGAAUACAAAGCUAAAUCAUCAGAAUUAUCAAGGCUUGAGUCAGAGUUGUCCAAAAGCCCUGCUGAUGAACUGUCUCAUUGUGUUGUGCCUGAGCCACCUCAGGUGCCAGAUCGCAGUACUAGAGACCAUCAGCAAGGUAAGCUUCCCCUUCUCACUGCCCUAAAAGCUAAGACUUCCUCACGCUCUGGUCCAUAUGCCACUGAGAUAAUGAAGACAACUGAUGAUUCCAUAUCUAAAGUCCUAGACUGGUUUAAUCGAAGCUCUCAUUCAGAUGACAAUAAUUCAUCCCUCAAACAUCCCAGCGGAAUAGAGCCCAAAGAAAAAACAGACUUAAAAUCACAAACUGCUGUUGCCUUGGUGACAGAUGACACAAGUCUAAAAGAAAAUGGCUCAAAGGCCCUAUCUUCCACCCAAGUUGAAUUGAAGCCUGUGGGAUCUGAUUCAGCAUUCCAGGUAGAGGGAGAUCUGCUACCUGCUGGAAAUUACCAAGAUGAUGAUAUGAAUAUCAAAUUGAAAUCCAUGAAUUUGUCCCAACAAGGCACCCCGAAGGAAGGCCGGGGCAUAUUGCAACCAUUUGAAAGCUAUGGUACAAGUCAAGGAAGUAAAAAUGUAGACCAUAGCCUAAGUUCAAAAAGCACAGGCGAAGGAACCGGGAUUUCUCCCCCAGCCAGCAACUAUUCGUAUAGUGCUCUCAAAGGAUCCAACACAGAAGACCAAGUUCCAUGCCACAUAACAGAUGUUGGCAUCAUGAAUGAAGAAGAGUCCAAGCUUUGUGUCCAUGGAAAAAAUAGAGGAAAGUCAGAAGUGAAUUUUAACUCUUCAGCAGUUGUCAAAGAACCAAGUUUGAAAGACAACAUGAAAGCAGAGAGAAGGAGCAAAAGAGGAAAUAACAUUCUGAAAGUUUCCAUAGAGGCAGAGAAUAUCAAGUUGCCACCUGGGGCUGCCAAAGGUGAAUCUCCUUGGAAGAAGCCUGAGGUCGAACUACAAGAAGCUAAUGAGCUUCCCAAGAACCAAGUGCAAAGAGAGAAAUACAAAAGAGUGAGUGAUAGAAUAUCCUUUUGGGAAGGAAAAAAAGCUGCUGCCGAGUUAACUUACAAAAAACCCUCAUCUUCAUGCAGCCAGGGAAAACCUGCUAAAGCCUGUCAGCCUGUGAAGUCACUGGGUGGGCUCACCAACAAUUUAUCUACAGGCCAGAGUGAAUAUAAUCAAGUCACUGCCAAACAAGUGGUCCUAGAUGAGGACGAUCAAGCAUCCCGUCUUUCCAGUUUUUAUUCCUCAAACAAACCUAAAGAGACCAGGCUCCCAAAAUCAGGAACAUCCAACAUAAAUGAGCCUAUAAAAAAAUUGCCAGUGGCAGACAGUUUGCAUUCUGGAAGGGACAUUCCUUCACUGGCAUUGCAGCAUCCCUUAAAUGAUGGCGAUGAAAUACAUACUCCUUUGGAGAAUAAUGCCUCUCUAAUUGGUGAAUCAAAACUCAACUUUAAAGUUUUGCCCCUAAAAGAAAGAAUGGAUGAAAAUGACACAGAACAGGUCUAUAAUCACUCUCAGUUUGAAAAUUUGAGAAAAUUUUGGAACUUAGGAGCUGAUUCAGACAAUGAGUCUAAUGUUGAGAAGAAAAGUACCACAAUAAGCGAUAAAAAUUCUGUGCCUUUUAAUAGCCAGAAACACAAGGAAUCCAAUGACAUUAAAUCAUCUAGAAAAAAUACCCAUGAAAUAGAGGUGCUUCUAAGCCAUGAAAAAGUUACGACAAGGGAGGAAAUGGAGACAUUAAAUUCAAAGUGCAUACCCCAGGUGCUACCAGACGAAACCACACUUCCAUGGAGACCACCCAGAACAUCCAUUCAUCAGUUACCAGGAAAUGAGUCAUCAAAGGAAAACAUGGAAAAGAAUACAGAAUGGUUUGUUACUCCAGUAAUCAAGAAAGAAAAAGAUGACUCGGACCAAGAGGUUGAAGAGUCCGUAGUGAAAACCAGUGUUUUGUAUAAAGAUUACAAAGACACUUUUAAUGGCAGCCUACAGAAGCUGCUUGCAGAAGCAUCAUCACCAGCAGUCCAAACUUCUGGUGGAAAAGUUCAUGUAAAACAAGAGCUUGAACCAGGUUUUUCUGAAAGUAGAGCAUGGCCUCAAGAGACAGAUUUGGCUGAUGCUGAGGAAGAAGCCAGACAACCUAAAGAGAUCAUUAGUGAGCACAUAGAUAAAACAGUAGUUCCUCCAAAGGUUGAACGUAACACUUUCACUGCUAGUCUAGACAAACUCCUAAAGGAAGCAUCUGAAAUUCCACUCUCUUCCUUGCAAACCAAGCUGGAACCUGUUACCACCAGAACCAACUCUGCGCCUGAAGAGAGUAGGUUUUUUGAAAAAGUGGUGAAACAGAGUCACAACACUUCAGAAGAGAGAGAGAUAAUAGCCCCUUUUCCAGAGGAGGAAGAGUCUUCAGGAAAUGCAGCUGUCCCCCAAAAAGUUCAGAGUGGUGAGUGCCAGCUAAAUACAGAGAACUUGCUUCAGAUGGCUGCAGAAGCUUCUUAUCUUCACAGAAAGGGUUCCUUUGGUGAUGAGGCCACAUCUCCCCAAGAUACGCCUUUUUCCCAGGAUGCUCAUCUUGCUCCGCAGGAUAGGGCACUGCCUUCUCAAAGGGAAAUUUCAGAAACUGUAGAAAAAGUCCUUCUUCCACCGAAAACUGCAAUGAAUGAUAUAAAUGCUGCAUUACAGAAGCUACUUAGAGAAGCUCAGUUGAAUUAUUCAUCUGGGAGGGAAAUAGUCCCUGGAGAAGUGAAAGUAGAAUUUCCUGAAGGAAUACAGGCAGCAGGUAGACCCCAAAUUUCUCUGGGAGUUAUCACACCAGGAACUACAACCAUAGUUCUAGACAGAAAGGAUUUUUGUUCCUUCAGUUUAGUUCCUGAUAAAACCCACGAAAUUGGAUCUGAUGCGCCAACAGACAGAGUGGCUCAAAUGUCUCCAUCAAAACAGAGCCUUAGCUCAUCUGGUUCCACUGUUGCUCUGUAUAGCAAAGAGCCACCUCAGGAAGUGGCAGAAAUUGUGAGGGAAACAGUUAUUCAACCCAAAUCACAACUCCUCGCGUUCAGUGCUGGCUUAGAAAAACUGCUGGAGGAAGUAAUUGAAAACUCCCGCUCAAAAUAUGAAAGCAAUACAGGGACUCUUUCUGCAUCAAAGUUAAUAGGUAGUACUGAGGAGCCCAGGCGAGCUGCUUCUGAAUUUCAUCCUGAGGAAAUAAAAGAAACAGUAGAAAAAUCUGAGGCUCCAUCAAUAACUGAGAGUGCCUUUGAUAUUGGUUUAGAGAGACUCCUUAAAGAAGUAUCUGAAGCUCCUUAUCAUUUCCAGAUGUCAGUGAAGGAAGAAACUCCUGAGAAGGAGCCCUCACAGUCAGAGAAGGCCAAGUUCUUGGGUACAGUGCCCCAUUUUUACUGGACAGCCUCAGAGGCCUCUGAAACGAAGGUUAAGAGUAGUGUUUUGAAAUCUCAAGUCAACCAGUAUGAUAAAGAGUUGAGAGGAGAUAAAGCCAUGACUGAUUUAUCGGUAGAUCUCUAUGGUCCUGAAAGUGGGGUUGAACGCUUUGGAACCCCACAACAUUAUGUGGACUGUGAAAUAGGGACCAUUGAAACUGUAUACUCCCUAGAGGAAAGAGACAGGGAAAGUGAGGUUACAGGAAGAGAAGGGAAUUUUCAGCAGCAUGGCUUCCAAGAGCCUCCUGAAACCAUUAGUGUGUCCCAAAAUAGGCAACCCAUUUCUCUUCUGAUGAACCGAGAAAGCUCUACAAAAGCAAGUAAAGUUGUGCUGUUUCUGGCAUCACCAUAUAAGAAACAAGACAAAGAAGAAAAAGAUUUCUCUAACUCUGAUUUUUCAGAUGGAAACAUCAGCUCUAAUGCAGAAAGCUGGAGAAAUACCUCCAGUUCAGAAGAAGAAACCAGUCCUGUUUUGAAAACUAUGGAAAGGAGUGAUGCUAGGAAAAUGACUUCCAAAAGUCUAGAAGACAUUUCAUCUGAUUCAUCAAAUCAAGCAAAAGUAGAUAAUCUGCCAGAAGAAUUAGUACGUAGUGCUGAAGAUGAUCAAAAAGCAGAUCAGGAGCCAGAUACAAAUGAAUGCGUACCAGGAAUUUCCACAGUGCCGUCACAACCUGGUAAUCAGUUUUCCCACCCCGACAAACUCAAAAGGAUGAGCAAGUCUGUUCCAGCAUUUCUCCAAGAUGAGAGUGAUGACAGAGAAACAGAUACAGCAUCAGAAAGCAGUUACCAGCUCAGCAGACACAAGAAGAGCCCGAGCUCUUUAACCAAUCUUAGCAGCUCCUCUGGCAUGACGUCCUUGUCUUCUGUGAGUGGCAGUAUGAUGAGUGUUUAUAGUGGAGACUUUGGCAAUCUGGAAGUUAAAGGGAAUAUUCAGUUUGCCAUCGACUAUGUGGACUCAUUGAAGGAGUUGCAUGUUUUUGUGGCGCAGUGUAAGGAUUUAGCAGCAGUGGACGUGAAAAAACAACGUUCAGAUCCAUAUGUAAAGACCUAUUUGUUACCAGACAGAGGCAAAAUGGGCAAGAAGAAAACAGUCGUAGUGAAGAAAACCUUGAAUCCUGUAUAUAACGAGAUUCUGCGGUACAAAAUUGAAAAACAAAUCUUAAAGACACAGAAACUGAACAUAUCUGUUUGGCAUCGGGAUACAUUUAAACGCAAUAGUUUCCUAGGGGAGGUGGAACUUGAUUUGGAAACAUGGGACUGGGACAACAAACAGAAUAAACAGUUGAAGUGGUACCCUCUGAAACGGAAGACAGCACCAGUUGCCAUUGAGGCAGAAAACAGAGGUGAAAUGAAGUUAGCCCUCCAGUAUGUCCCAGAACCAAGCCCUGGUAAAAAGCUUCCUACAACUGGAGAAGUACAUAUCUGGGUGAAGGAAUGUGUUGAUCUGCCACUGCUAAGGGGCAACCAUCUAAAUUCUUUCGUUAAAUGUACCAUCCUUCCAGAUACGAGUAGGAAAAGCCGCCAGAGGACGAGAGCUGUGGGGAAAACCACCAACCCUGUCUUCAACCACACCAUGGUCUAUGAUGGGUUCAGGCCUGAAGAUCUGACUGAAGCCUGUGUUGAGCUUACUGUCUGGGAUCAUUACAAAUUGACCAACCAGUUUUUGGGAGGUCUUCGGAUUGGCUUUGGAACAGGUAAAAGCUAUGGUACGGAAGUAGACUGGAUGGACUCUACUUCAGAGGAAGUUGCUCUCUGGAAGAAGAUGGUAGAUUCCCCCAAUACUUGGAUUGAAGCAACACUGCCCCUCAGGACGCUGCUGAUUGCCGGGAUUUCCAAAUGAGCCCAAAGUCCACUGGCUCCUCCACUGAAAACAUCCAAACAAGUGGAAACUGAUCUUAAAAAUCUAACUAUGUGGACAGAGAUACUCACUCUCUGUCUGUUAAAGAAUAUUACAUAGCAUGUUAAAAUCAACCUGCAUGUGCUUUUUUGGUUACAAGGCCCAAGGAAUUUAAAUAAUGACAAAUUUAAAUGUAACAUACUUGUAAUUCCAACAUUAAAGAUAUAUGUUCCAGUUAAGAAAAUCAAACUGUUUCUGCUGCCAAAAAUAUUAAAUGUAGGGUGUUGUUAACAAGCAAAAUUUUCUAAUUUGUUAUCAUGUGUUUCACACAACAGCCUUGUGCUACAGUGAGAAGGGCCUACCACUUGGUCAAUGAAAACACUUGCAGGAGUUGUAAAUAAGUAGAUUGUGGAAAAGAGUGACAGAAGAUAGUCUUAACGAAAAAAAAAGGCAGAACAUCAGUGAUGAUAAAGAGUUUUGCCUUAAGAAGACUAUUUAUAAUAUCUAUUAAGGUAUUAAAUUCUAUGUUAAGGCUAUGAGACUGAAUUUAUUGCAUGUAUUUCUGCCUUGAAAAACUGCUUUCCCCUUUCCCAUGUGUUUAAGUCUAAAAUGUGCUUUGGUGCCACCUACUGGCCACAGAUGGAAUUCGGUUCUUGGCUUGUUUUGGCUUAAUUCUAUCCUAAAUUAGGUCUCAAGCCUGUAUCUUAUAAUAGAAUAUGUUUAAAAAAACUCAGAUAUUAUUGUUUUUCUUAUAACUUUACUGUAUGAAAGCAGAAUAAGAGUAGUCACAGAUAUGCUUUGCAACAAAGUUUUAAUUAGAAUGUAAAUUGCAAAAUUAGACUGUACUUCCUAUGUAUGUAUAAUUUUCAUAAAAGUAUUUUAUAAGAAC